AUGGAUGAAGUGAUGUCGUCAGUUACAGUGACGAUAAAAAACUUUGUUGUGAUGUAUCUUGUAGAUAUCACAGAGGUACCUGAUUUUAACACUAUGUAUGAGUUGUAUGACCCUUCCAAAGUUAUGUUCUUCUUUAGAAACAAGCAUACAUUGAUAGAUAUUGGCACUGGAAACAACAAUAAGAUCAAUUGGGCUAUAAAGGACAAACAGGAGUUCAUUGAUAUCAUUGAGACGGUUUAUAGAGGUGCGAGGAAAGGACGCGGUAUUGUGAUUGCUCCCAAAGAUUACUCUACCAAGUAUCGUUACUAA